UGCAACUCUCCAGUCGUCCACCUGUUUCCAGUCAAGAGGCGGCCAUUUGAGACCACUUCUUCCCAAAAUGAAACCGCUGAUAACAAAAGAGAUGCUAGUAAACCUCCAGAGCAUGUAUUAUUAGGACGAUCAGACGAUAGCGACCCUCUCCAGGCAGUCGUGGCUCAACUUACCGAGAAAAUCAACGAAGUUGGGGCCGGCCUUCAAACCUUGAGGAACGAAGUGAGGAUUGACCUUUCAGAAGCCUCCACUUCUGUUUUCGUGCACUGGGGGAGUUCCACCUGUCCGGGAUCAUCUGCUCUGGUUUAUACCGGUGUUGUUGGAGGCUCCCACUACGACAGUCCAGGUGCAGCAGUGGACUUCCUGUGUCUGCCCAUCGCUGACGUGGUUUUAGUGGACAGCUCCACCACAUACAGUGCCCACCUUUUUGGUGGUGAAUAUGAAACAUUUGACACCCACAUGAACACGGACCCACUGUGCGCCGUCUGUCGGUCGCCGCGCCCUGCCUCCAUCAUGGUACCCGCAACAAACCAGUGUCCAUCGGGGUGGACCCUAGAAUAUGGCGGAUAUCUCAUGAUCGGCUACCCGGACCACAAGGCAGCUUCCCAGUUCGUGUGCGUGGACUCUAAGAUGGAAGAAAGGUUGGGUAGCGAACAGGACCUCAACGGGAAACUGCUGUACUACACGGUGACUAACUGUGGAAGCUUGCCGUGUCCGCCAUACUCUGACGGGAAGAAGGUCACGUGUGUCGUCUGCAGCAAGUAGUGUUCAGUACCGUUCGCAGUCGUGAUCUUUUGGAAGGGGUGCUUAUAGUAAGACAACUUACAUGGCAUCAAAGAUGCGCGUGUUGCACACAUAGCCUAAGUCAACAUAGACAAAUGACAAUGAUGAAGUGACAUUGAUUAAAUGUUAGUAGUUCGUGACUAAGGUUCGUAUUUUCUUUUCGCACGAGAAAAUGUCCAUAAUUUUUACGGAGUGUUACAAGUUUUAUUUAUGUUAAAGCAAUGUCGACUUGCAAGCGUUGCCGUAUGUGAAUGAGUUGUGAUGAUAUGUGGGUUUGAAUUGUGAUUGUGUGAGGAGAUGUGUCUGCUGUGGUGGGUAUGAAUGUGUUAUCUAUUAUUGAUGUUGUUCUGCAAUGUUUUAACCCUUGCUUCCUUAUAAAUCUAGUUAAUAAUUUCCUUUAUGAUGACUGAAGUCAUUUCUUAUCGUAUCUUAUUUUAUCUUAUUAUGUUUAAGACAUUUCUUAAGUUUCUUUAAUAAUUCCUGACUAAAGGACAAAGAGAAUUAUUAGACGUCACCGUAAACAUUGUUAGCAUAUAAUUAUUGUCAUAGAAAGCUAACAAUAACGACAUCGCCACGCUCCUCAAUGAUAUUCUAUACCUUCACAAAUGACCAUCAAUGAAACAAUGCUGGACAGUUCCCAAAUGGUUGGAAUGUGACUUGAAUGAAGGGAGAGUUGAAAGAGGUGUUAGCUGUAAAGCACGGUGGUGCAGCACACGCCCACAGAUUUUGUCUGCUCUCUGCACCUUUUUCAGUAAUUUUAUUCUUGAGAAACUACGAUGUUCUUAUCAGAAAUAAGAGACUAUUAAAGUUCCCUACUUGUCGCACACAUCCCACGGACAAAUACUUUACUCGGAUAACCACCAAGAGGUCUCAACAGAUAACAGACAGCAGAGAACAGAUACGUCAAAAGUCUUACCUACGAGGAAAGCAGAAAGGUAAGUGGCAGGCGCACAGACUAGCCGGUUCGAUACCCGUGGGACGCAGCGGUUUCUUUUUAACGUAUUCUCCAUUUGACCCAGCUGUUAGACGGGGGCCUGACGCUGUAGACUGUAGAGGGUUUGGAAGGAGAGGCAGGGAGGAGAGGAGACGUAAACUUGCUUGCAUGCAACCUUAGCUUACCCCAAGAUCAGUGCAGUCUGUAACACCUCACUCCCACUGCAUUAUCUUUACCCCAUCAUUUUAGGUUUAAAACUAUUAAAAAUACCAAUGUAAAAUAUAUGAUUAAGAAUAA